AUGGCGUCCUCAUACACCGAGCGGUGAAUUUAGUCUGCAGGGUGAGAGGGUAGCCGCCGAUUUUUGCAGCCAUUAUUCUUUGCGUCGGUGUGCAACAGGGAGGAAUCAGCCCACAUUGCUACAGAAGGUAUCGUUUUCGGGAUCAGGACGAUGGAUGCGGGCACAUCCGGAUGUAUUUCUGCAAAUACGGCGGACCGGCGCAAAUAUUUAUUCCGUACACAUCCUUCAGAUGAUCUGUGUGGUGCAAGGUGUCUUUGAAAGGGUGCGGGACUCAGGGUGGAAAUGAGAAGAAAGGUCUAUUUUGAUUCACGCCUGUCGAGAUGGAGGCCUCACUGAGAAGAACUGUAUAUUCAAGAUCAGACACACUUCAUUAGCUGAUUAAGGAGCCCUAUUAUUCUGCAUAAUCGCAGAGUGGCAUCUGUCAUAAGAGGCGUGACCUGCGAUUUUUUCCCAUGAACACUGACUCACUGAGAAGAAUGUGAUCCCACUGUCGGCCAAAUGUAGGACCUGCUCCCUCAGAAUCCCACAGCCUCCACUCUUGCUUGGAUUUCAGCAAACUGUCAAAUCCACAAGGACAGAGUAUGCCAUCUGCACCUUUUCACAGAAUUCUACGACCCCUUCUACUUGGCACUUUCAUACUGGGAUGCUUUGUGACUCUGUUUUUGAUGUAUUUUAAACCAUCUACCAGCUGGUUAUCAGGUCCUGUAGAGUCAACAGCAUCCACAGACCGGGUCAAGAAUCUCUUCUCCACCAAGAGUGAUAAAAACCUGACCACUGUGCUGGUCUGGCUCUGGCCCUUCGGACAAACCUACGACUUGAGCGUCUGCAGCUCGCUCUUCAACAUCGAGGGCUGCUUCAUCACGGCGGACAGGAACCUCUACAAUAAGUCAGAUGGGGUCGUCAUACACCACAGGGAUAUCUGUACUGACCUGUCCAACCUGCCCCCGCUCCAGCGACCAUCCUUCCAGAAGUGGAUAUGGAUGAACUUGGAGUCCCCGUCCCACUCGUCCCAGCUCCCCGGGAUCGAGAACCUGUUCAAUCUGACUCUCAAUUACCGUCAGGAUGCUGACAUUGAAGUGCCUUAUGGGUCCAUCGUAGCAGCAGAGGGCGAGGAGGAUUUUGUUCCACCCAGCAAAAGCAAGCUGAUCUGUUGGAUUGUGAGCAACUGGAACCCGGACCACGUGCGGGUGAAAUACUACAACGAGCUGUACAAACACAUCGAGGUUCACGCGUACGGACAAGCCUUCGGGGAGUACAUCUCCGACCAAGACUACUUCCCCACCAUCGCCAGCUGUAAGUUCUACCUGGCAUUUGAGAACUCCAUUCACAAGGACUACAUCACUGAAAAACUGUACAACCCGCUCUCUGUGGGCACGGUGCCAGUGGUUCUCGGCCCACCAAGGCAGAACUACGAGAACUUUGUCCAGGGAGACGCCUUCAUCCAUGUAGACGACUUCACCUCGCCCAAGGAGCUGGCCGACUACCUGCUACUUUUGGACAAAAAUGAGGAACUGUACCUCAGGUACUUUGAGUGGCGGAGGCACUUUAAAGUAAAGAAGGCCUAUUUCUGGGCAGAGCACACUUGCCUGGCUUGUGAUUACCUGCGCAGGCACAAGGAGUACAAAGCAUUCAAUAACCUUGACAAAUGGUACUGGGGUGGGUAGUGCUUUGAAGGGCUAUGCAGUGCUUGUUUUGUUGUUGAAGGCAGUGCUUUAAGAUUUUUGUCCUUCAUUCAACAUGAAGGUUCAUCACUGUUCUGUACAGUGCUCCUGAAUGAUGUUUUUCUAUUGGUUCAGUGACCCAAAUGAGACACCCAUUUUUAUUUUAUUUUAUUUUAUUCUUUUUGUUUGUGGAGGGAAGGGAGAAGCCAGUUUUCUCUUAAGCCUUACUUUGCCUUUUGCAUGUUGUUAUUGAUUUAUGAUUUGUAUUUAUUUUAUCAACUUCAAAUGCACUACAUUUUUGUUAUGUCAUUUCAUGUUUUGCACUUCAUCUCUUCUUAACAUGACCACAUUUGCUGCUAUUUCAUUACAUUUUAUUUUUUAGUAUGAAUGCUUGAUUGGAUAUAUGUACCUGUACAACAGGAAAAAAAAUCAUGCUUCAGCAUUUUUUUUAACAUCUUCUAAACAUUACACAUUUAUGUCAUUUUAAUGAAGUGGCAUACAGGGGACAUUGAAAAGCGUUGGUUGAAGAAGGGAUGACAUAAUAAUUGUUUCAAUGAAAAUAUUUAUGUAAUAUUUAUUCAAGUGAGGCAUUAUAUGAUAAAAAACAAUCUCAUCUGUGGUAGUGAUACAGUCACCUAUGCAGUGUUUACUGAACUCAAAUGUGAAAGUAGUUCAAUUGUGUCAUCUACUGGAAAAUGUACAUAUUGUGUAUUUUUGGAAUUAUCAAGUUGUCUUUCUUUUUUCUUUUUUCUUUUUUUCCCGUAAGUUUGAAUUUGCACUGCAAAUCCAACUGUUAUCUAUCUUUACAUAUGUACAGCAAGACAGAUGGGCUCCAUGUUAUCCGGCUGUAGAAGGUAUAAGGUGAUCACUAUUCCAGUCUCGGACACCACAUGUGACUGGGACUGAGGCAGCCUACUGUUUUAGUCAUGUUGUGAAUCGGGCAUUAUCGCAUAUAAUGUGUUAGAGCUCAUUUUGAUUCCAUGUGGAUGAUGAUAGUACAGUACCAGCGUACUGUAAUAUGAAACUCCCCCACACAUAAUUAUGUUGCACUCUGAUUUGAUCUACAAAGUCUGAUAGAAGCCGUAAUGAAUACAACCAAGAUAAGAGCACAAGUUGAGCAUACAUGAUAACCAAUCCUUUUAUUAUGCAGAUUUCUGUGUGCACUGUACUCCCAUCUCACGACAUCGUUUUAAAUAUUUAUAUUCAAAUAUUCAUCCACUUCAAGCAAAUGUUAUCAUACGCCUGAAAUGAGUGUGAAUUAUGAAGAAAAUAGACAGCCUGAUAUCUGCCCACAUAUUUGCGACCUGUUAGGAAAAUGUGUAAGAUGUGAAAUUUGGCAUGAUGACUACUAGAUAAUCCAUGUUUCUGUCCUUGAAUCAUCAGACCGUUGUUGUUGUUUGGGGAGGCACAGGCCGCAUGUGAAAGAUAUAUUUCUGGAUUUUUGUUUACAUUCCUGUUUACAGUUGUGUGACUUGUCAGCCAAUCCACGCCACACAAGAUCACACCAUGAAAGGCUAGUUCAUUGUAUGCAGAUAUCACAUCACCUUUAAUGUUGUUAAAA